AUUUUUGGUAAAACAAAAGAAAGAAAGAGAGAGACAACCACCAUUAAAAGCAGAGAGAGUUGUGUUGUACGUCAAAAGGCAAAAGCCAAACCAGCAAAUAUUUAAAGCAAGAACGUGAGGCACUUGAAAACACGAUUGAUUGAUUUAUACAUAUCCAAACCAAACCCUAUUCGUUUGUAGCGACGGCGGUUUCGGCGGCGGCUGUGUGUGUUUUUAGUGUCUACACAAGUUAACCAAAUAAGCCAUCACCGUAAUCUACUCCAAGAAAACUCCUUUUUAUACACACAAUUCUUUAUUUACUUUCAAGAAAUCCCAAUUCCGAUGAGCAGAAACGGCGUUUCUUGGCAGAGCAACAGCGGUUACUACGGGUAUGGGUAUGGAGGAGGAGGAUACGUGGAGAAGAGACAACUGUUCCUAAAGAGCUACCAAUUCUCGAGGAAACAGAGCUUAGCUGAGAAGAUUAAAAGAUCCGUCAAGAGAGUUGUCAAGAAAGUUGUUUGGAUAAGGUUGAAGUCUGCUAGGAAGCUGAAACGCGUCGUCUGGUCGCGUCUCAAAACGGCGUUUUUCUACCGCCGCAGACGCUUCUUUCGUCUCAUUCAUCCAAACAAACACUCCUCAUCAUCUUACUGCUUCUACUAAGUUUCUCUUCCUCUUCUUGUCUCUGUUUCUUCGUUGGUGUGUGUGUGCAUAUAGUUUCUCUGCGUGCUUAAAAUUAAGAUUUAUCUUUUCUUUAGUUAAUGUCGUUUAACUCACUAUAUGAUCUUGUUACUAUUGAUGGUUAAGGUCUUAAGGAUGAUGAUCAAUUUUUUCU